UACAAGACAAUGGGAAAUGAAUUGCUGUGAAGAAGAUUCAUCUUAUGCGGGGGCUUGACAACGAGGAAUUCAAAAAUGAGUUCAAUAAUCUUAUGAGGGUCCAACAUAAAAAUACCGUACGGUUAGUUGGUUACUGCCAUCAUACUUCACAAGUGCUUGUUGAGCACAAUGGAAACCAAGUUUCUGCUAGAGUGGAAGAAAGAUCUUUAUGAUCCGAAUACUUGCCGGAAGGAAGCCUUGACACAUAUCUUACUAAUGAAUCGUGUGCGCUUGAUUGGAACAUAUGUUACAACAUAAUUAAGGGAUUAUGUGAGGGUUUACAUUACCUUCAUGAAGGAUUAGAGUAUCCUUUUUACCAUCUGGAAUUAAAACCUACAAAAAUUUUGCUGGAUAAGGACAUGAUGCCCAAAAUUGGGGGUUUUGGUUUCUCUAGACAUUCAACAGAAACCUUCAACACAUCAGAAGUCAUGGGAACAAGUGUAUACAUGCCACCAGAAUACAUCAGUAAACGACAAAUUACACCAAAGUUUGAUGUAUUCAGUCUGGGCAUUAUAAUCUUGCAAAUAAUGGCAGGAAAGCAGAGCUACAUCAAAUGUGCAGAUAUUCCUCCUGAAGAAUUUAUUGAGCUUGAAUAUGAAUUAUGGGUAAAUAGGCUGCAGGCCACAAUAUCGAAGCGUACUUCACGUGAAGUUAGGACAUGCAUCGGAAUAGCUCUAAAAUGCGUGGAGUUCAAUCUGAUGAAGAGGCCUACUAUAAAUGAGAUCAUACAAGAACUGAAUAAGAUUGAUAUUGUUGAGUGGUCAUUCGAGUUCUUAGAACGCAUUACAAAUGGUUUUUCUGAGCAGAACAUAGUUGGCCGUGGCGGAUAUGGAGUUAUUUACAAGGGGGUGUUGGAGAAUGGAGAAGAGAUUGCUGUUAAGAAACUUCAUCCAGUGUUGUGGAUUGAUGAUGAGCAGUUUAAGAAUGAGCUUAAUAUUCUAAUGAGGAUCAAACACAAAAAUAUCGUACAGUUAGUUGGCUACUGCCACCAUACAUCACAGAUAGUUGCCGAGUAUAAAGGAGAACAUGUUUCUGCUAGUGUGGUAGAAAGAGCGAUUUGUUUGGAAUACAUGCAGGGUGGGAGCCUUGCCGAUCAACUUUCUGCUGAACCUUGCACACUUGAUUGGGACAAAUGCUACAAAAUAAUAAAAGAAAUUUGUGAGGGUUUACAUAACCUUCAUAAUGCUGAUGCUCCCAGUUACCAUCUGGACUUAAAACCUGCCAAUAUUUUGUUGGAUAAGGAUAUGGUAGCAAAACUUGGUGAUUUUGGUUUGUCAAGAUUAUUUGAUUCGAUGCAAACCUAUAUCACAGAAUCCCAAGAUAUGAAAGGAACACGUGGAUAUAUGCCACCAGAAUACAUCAAUAGACAACAAAUCAGUCCGAAGUUUGACGUUUUCAGUCUCGGGGUCAUAAUCAUACAAAUAAUGGCAGGAAAGGAUGGCUACUUCAACUGUGCAGACACACCUCCGAAAGAAUAUAUUAAGCAUGUAUGUGAAAACUGGCGAAUGAGGCUGCAAGCAACAAUGUCGUCCCAUGUAUCUGAAGAAGUGAGGACAUGCAUCGAAAUAGCAUUAAAAUGUGUGGAGGACGACCGAACCAGAAGGCCUACUAUAGCCCAGAUUGUCAAUGAACUAAGUAACAUUUGUAUUGCUAAAAGUAAACCGAUAUGUCAGUGGGCAAACAAGCUGACUGCGUUGAAGACCUUUCUCACUUCAAGCAUUGGCUGUUCCUCUUAGUCGCAGCAGUUGCCAUAUUUUACGCAUGGUCUCAAUACGCCCCAGGUAUCGACGCAUCGUAGCUGAACAGGAUUGCGUGUAUCGACGCAUCGUAACCGAACAGGAUUGCUUGUAUCAACACACAAGUCCGUUGGCUUCAAUUAAUGUGCGCAAAUCUUGGAAUUUUGUAGAUUCAUGGUGCCGAGGUAUUACAAGGAGAACAUGCAUGCACAUCAGCGCUGGAAGUA